AUGAACAUCCGCAAUGCCCGGCCCGACGACCUGAUAAACAUGCAGCACUGCAACCUGCUCUGCCUGCCGGAGAACUACCAGAUGAAGUACUACUUCUACCACGGCCUGUCGUGGCCCCAGCUCUCCUACAUUGCCGAGGACGAGGACGGCAAGAUAGUGGGCUAUGUCCUGGCCAAGAUGGAGGAGGACCCCGAUGAUGUCCCCCAUGGGCACAUCACCUCGCUGGCCGUGAAGCGCUCACACCGGCGCCUCGGCCUGGCCCAGAAGCUGAUGGACCAGGCCUCACGGGCGAUGAUCGAGAACUUCAGUGCCAAGUACGUGUCCCUGCACGUCAGGAAGAGCAACAGGGCGGCCCUGCACCUGUAUUCCAACACCCUCAACUUCCAGGUUAGUGAGGUGGAGCCCAAGUACUAUGCCGAUGGGGAAGAUGCCUAUGCCAUGAAGCGGGAUCUCUCUCAGAUGGCCGAUGAGCUGAGGAGGCAGCUGGUGCUAAAGAAGAGCAGAUACGUGGUUCUGGGCUCCGAGGAGAACCAGGAGGUCCAGGGCAGCACACUUCCUGAUGCUGAGGAGGCCUCUCACCCAGAGAACCCCACAGGCAAAGACAGUGGAAGCAGCGACAGCACUGAUGUCCAGGACAGCUCAGAGGACUUGGAUUCCACCUCCUAG